AUGCAGCUUUCCCGAAUAAUCUCUAUUUUGUUAGCAUCUGGACUGAUAGCCAUAUCUACAAGACCUUGUCGCGCCUCUUACACCAAAACUCGAACUUCCGCUGAUAGGGUUAUAUAUAUCAUAGAAAGAACCCACUCUGAUAUAAAUCUCACCAUUUCCAUGAAAGAUAUCAACGGCACGCAUAUCAUGGAGCAGAAUAUCGUUGAAAUAAAUGAGAACAGCAUUUUGUGUCUCGCAAUCCUCGCCAACGUGACGAAUGUGACUACUAUCAAAAUGACGCCAAUAAUCGAUAAUGGCGAAGGGGAGCGAGAUAAAUUGUCUGAGAACUGA